UGCUGGGGCUGGAAACCAAAAACCACUGGGCUCUGUUAGUCCACCAGGCACAGCAGAGGCAGAAGGGGAGAUGAGCACUCGGCGGGUGGUGGUGGAAGCGCCCGCGGGGGCCGGCUCCAGCAUGCCUCUGCAGAGGCACAAGGUCUCCUUCAGGGCAGCUCAGUCACCGUCCUCCCUGGACGGCCUCCCAGCUUCCAGGACCAUUGCCGUGGGUGGUCUUGUCCGAACACCCAGGGUCUACGUAGGGAUGACACCCAGUGGGCCCACAGGUGGCCUGGGCGCCCGCGUGACCCGCAGGGCCCUGGGCAUCAGCAGCGUCUUCCUGCAGGGCCUGCGGAGCUCAGGCCUGGCCACAGCACCCGCUCCCAGCCUGGAGAGGGACCUCGGUGCAGUCGAGGACCUGGGGGGCUGCCUGGUGGAAUACAUGGCCAAGGUACACGCCCUGGAGAAAGUCAGCCAGGAGCUGGAGGCACAGCUGCGCAUGCACCUGGAGAGCAAAGCCACGCGCUCAGAGAACUGGGGCGCCCUCCGGGCCUCAUGGGCCAGCAGCUGCCAGCAGGUGGGCGAGGCGGUCCUGGAAAACGCACGGCUCAUGCUCCAGACAGAGAAUAUCCAGGCGGGCGCGGACGACUUUAAGGAGAGGUAUGAAAAUGAGCAGCCAUUUAGAAAGGCAGCAGAAGAGGAAAUUAACUCUCUGUAUAAAGUCAUUGAUGAAGCAAAUUCGUCAAAAAUGGAUCUGGAGAGUCAAAUAGAAAGCCUGAAAGAAGAACUCGGCUUUCUGUCCAGGAGCUAUGAAGAGGAUGUGAAAAUGCUGUACAAACAGCUGGCAGGGUCUGAGCUAGAACAACUGAAUGUUCCCAUUGGCACUGGGCUGGAUGACAUCCUUGAGACGAUCAGAAUUCACUGGGAAAGAGAUGUUGAAAAGAACCGGGUGCAGGCGGGAGCCUUGCUCCAAGCUAAGCAACAGGCAGAACUGGCUCGCAGGGCCCAGACCCAGGAAGAGAAGCUGGCUGCAGCCCUCAGGGUGGAGUUGCACAACACUUCCUGCCAAAUCCAGAGCCUGCAGGCUGAGACAGAGUCCUUACGAGCUCUGAAACGAGGCCUGGAGAACACCUUGCACGACGCCAAGCACUGGCACGACAUAGAGCUGCAGAACCUGGGGGCGGUGGUCAGCAGGCUGGAGGCGGAGCUGAGGGAGAUGCGCGCGGAGGCGGAGCAGCAGCUGCAGGCCCGGGAGCACCUGCUGGCCCACAAAUGCCAGCUGCAGCGGGACGUGGCCUCCUACCACGCGCUGCUGGACCGCGAGGAGAGCAGGUGCGUCUCUGCUCCGCUUUGCUAGGAGAGGGCUAAUGGAGAAAUAUCCUCUUUUCAUGAAGAAAAUGCUGCCUUCCUCACCAAGUGACCAACGAAGUUCCCUGAGGAAUUCUCGCCCCCAACCCCCAUCUCCCCUCACCCUUCCCACUCCCCACCCCAAGCUGGAUUUCCUGGUUGGUUCAGCUUGAGCUGAAAAGCUUCCUGGAAAUGGAGAGGGUCCUGCUGCCUUAAUUCAAGUAGUCUACAGCUCGAGCAACCUCCCUUGCCCCUCUCAAAUAAAUGCUUUGUGUGUGGCUUCCA